UUUAUUUAGCAACUACAAGAAAUGAGUCAGUCAGUUAGUGGUACAAGACGGUGAAACAACUACACGCCAUCCACCUACAUAUCUGCUCAUUCACGGUGAAAUUUUGUGACACUGUACGCGCAAACAAGUCAGAUUUCUUGCAACUUUCAAAGGGAUUCUCUCAAGUUGGAGCAAGUCAGGAACUCAUAGUAGCACAACAAUGGGUCAACAAAAAGAAAUUAAAGCCUUCAUCCUUCUUGGACUCAUUUGCAUUUCCACAAUUAUGCCCGCUCUCGCAGCUCCAAACAACGCUCGUAAAUUUGCAGUUAAGAACAACAGUCCCAAGAAGGUUUACCAUAAAAAUAUCGCACCCUCCAAAGAUAAUAUCGACAGGACUGACCGAGAUCAGCAGCAAACUAUGAUGAUGAACAAGCAAAGUGAAGCCCUGGGAGCACCUCCAUCAAACGAAAUGAUGAUGGGUCCCAACGGAUCACCUGCCAACAUGAUUUGGGCCGUGGCUGCCCCCAUUGUCCAACUGCUUAAGGUUUUCCUUGCCGGUCCCAACGAGCUUGAUGGAAAUGGUCUCACCCCUGGAGACGACAAAAUGGAUGGACCGGGACAGGGCUUUUCAUGGGGUCAGGUGAUUGGUUACGGCAUGAAACUCCUUCUCGCCGCCUUGGGUGGAAACAGCAAUGGAAAUGUUCCCGAUGGAAUUGACAAGAUGGGAGUUGGCGAGUCACCCAUGCAGGGUGUUGUGGACAGACUUUUGGGAGCCCUUACUGGCAACGAAAAUGAGGGAAACGCACAAAUGGUGAACCAAACUCGGGAGUUUAUCAAAUUGGCCAUGUCUCUCAUCAACGCCAUGCAAAGUUCCAUCAACCAACGAUCAAUGAGGGCACGGAGUCUCGGAGAGAAGGACAGAAUGGCAGACGCUGCUCUUGCUUCACUCUACAUGAGCAAGGCGUUCGUAAAGUCCUUCAACACCACGCAAGAACAAUGCAGAGAGCAAUUGCUGUGCGAAUCGGCACGUGAAUGCGUGGAUAACAUUGGGUCGUCAAGUGCAUUUGGAUUCUGUCACCUCACUGCAUUCGCGACCACCAACUUGAUGUAUUACACCCACGCGGGUAAAAAGGAUAUGACUAAAGCCUACCUCGAAGCCACCCGACGAGGAAGAUCUCAUGAAAAUUGCAAAACUAACUACCAGUGCAAUGAAAUCAACCUCAAUUAACCAGAAAAUUGGGGAUCCGUACAAUAAUGAUUAGACAGUUGUUCGUUAUAAUAGAAUCGUCGUAUUCUUAUCAUGUGCACAUCUUGCACAUAAUACAUUGUUUUGGCACAAAUUAUGAUAAUCGUUAUCCAUUUUGUUAUUUAUUUUGUUACCAAUAUAAUUGUGGAAAUUCCUUUCCCAGAAAUUUAUUUUUUUUUACUGCAAACAUUACCACCGCCAUCAACUGCACCAGCAGCGUCCAAAAGAAAUCUGAUUUCGCAACAAUAGUCACAUAAUCUAAUUCUAUAUUUAUUUCGCUUUCCACUGCAACCUUUAUCUACAUAUCUACAUGCAUUUAGAAUAAUAAACUUGAUUUUAUAUAUUAAACCCUUA